GUCCUUUGUUUCAAUAGGCAAAUGGAUUUUCUUCUUGAAAUUGGACACGGAAUAACCAACAAAAAAAGAAAAUGAAAGUAAAAAAGAGAGAGCCCCCUCCUUGUAAGCUAAUAUAAUGUUAUCGUACAUUUGUACUGAAGUGUGCAUCAUUCAAAAGUCACUGUGGAAUGACAUUUGCUUCUUUCUGCACAGUACUCCCAAGGUUUCCUUUUAUAAGCAGUGGUCAAAGCUUUUUUCAUUCCUGGCAGUGUUCCCUUCUUCUACUGUUUCUCACUAUUAACCUCUCACUUGUUUACCUCUCAGUCACUUUCUACAAUCUCAUGGCUGAUACUCUUGUACUACUCACCACUCCAACUGCAUCAUCAUCAUCAUACUUGACUCAUAGCCUCUUGGUAGAAGCCAAAGCAUUCAACUACUUUUUUACUAGAUUUCUUGCAUAGAUUCUUAAAGCCAAAAGAAAAAAAGAAGAGUUGAUAGAAAAACUUCACCAGAGGUUGUCUGAAUUUUCUUCUCCAUGGAUCUUAGAGGUUCACCAGCCAUCCAUUCUCACCGUCAACAACAACAGGAAGCAAGAAUUGAGGGCAGUAUGUUAUACAGGACAAAAGCUGAGAACCCUUUUCUGGAUGAUGAUGCUUUUCAAGUUGAAGAUCCUCUUUGCAAACUCAAUCUCAAGGAAACUUCUGAAUUUGUCAAGUCAUUGCCAAAGAAUUGCAGCAGCAGCAGCAGCAGCAGCAGCAUUUUGUUUGAUAUUUCAUCAGGAGUUCAGAGAAGGAGAGAGUUUAGUAAUGGAGGGAGUAACUACUACUACUCACUCUCAACAAGGAGGAAUAGUGUUGCAGAAGCAGCCCCUCCUACACCUGGCCGGCCAGUCUUCAGCUUCAGUAGUACCAAGGGAUUGUCUUCUAAGUGGGAAGAUGCAGAAAAGUGGCUCAUCAGUACAACUAAUACUACUACCCAUGGACAUCAUCAUCAUGAUUCCCCUGCUUCUUCUUCUUCGUCUUCUGCUCACUACCAUCAUUAUAAUCAUCAUGGAUUGAGGCCACCACCACUAUUAGAGUUUGCUUCUACAAAUUCAAGGGCCAAUAAUGUUGUUUCAGGCUUUUCCAAUGAAGGGUCAUCUCAAGCAGAUUUAUUACUUCUCAAAGAUAAGUUCACAAAUCAUGAGGCAGCAGAUUAUAACAAGUACCAUUUCUCCACCACCGCCAACUUCAAAUCAUCAUCCUCCUCAGAACCCAUGAAACAAGCAUUCUUUUUUGGCAAUGCUGCAGCAGAAAGAGAGAAGCCCGUCUUGAAAAAUGCUGCAACUGAAUCAAUAUCAGUAGUAGUUGUGAAUGAAGUGAAAAAGCAGCAGCAACAGCAGCUCAGGGAUAUUGGAACAGAAAUGACUCCAUUAGGGAGUUCCAAAACAUCAAGAUGCCCAACUCCAUUCAUGAGCACAUCACCGGCCCGGUAUAACACCCCUGAAAAUCGGUCCGGCCCGUUAGCCAUUACUACACAAAUUGAAGAAUGCCAUUUUGCAAAGCUAUCAUCAAACUACUACUGGAGCUCGAGAGAAGAGGAGGAAGAGGAAAUAUCCAAGAGUUUGAGGCAUUUCGAGCUAAAUGAUGACAAUGAUCACAGUGAUGAUGAUGAAUGCAAGAAGAAGAAGGACAACAUUUGUGAUAACAGAAGUUGUGGCUGGGUGGAGGAACAGAAAGGAGAAGAUGACAAAACAAACUGCUGCCUCAGGUAUCAAAGGGAAGAAGCAAAGAUUCAAGCUUGGGUGAACCUCCAAAGGGCUAAAGCUGAAGCUCAAUCCAGAAAACUUGAGGUGAAAAUAGAGAAGAUGAGAUCAAAUUUGGAGGAGAAAUUGAUGAAGAAGAUGGCAGUUGUGCAUAGGAAAGCUGAGGAGAUGAGAGCUGCUUAUAGACUCCAACAUUUGGAACAAGUACAGAAGAAGCCUAACCUUAACAGUAGUAAUCACAAUAAUAAUUCACUUAAAAACGCUCCAAAGAUGAUGAUCAGCAGCAACAGAAACAGCCUAAUUACUUGCUCUUAUUUCACUAAACAGCCUUCAAACCAUUCUACUUGUGGCUGCUUCCCAUGUUCCACCAUCAACCAGUUUUACUGAUUGGAUUCGUCUUCAGACAAAAUUCUUAGCUAAUCUAAACAGGUUCUAGUUAAUUUGUACUAAUUGCAGAACACAGGGUUUAGAUUAUCAUGUGGUUAAGACUUGAGAUUAGGUACUUCCGUAUCAUUAUAUCGUGUUUGCGAUUUGAAGAAUCCUUAACUCCACAACUUAUUCACCGGGUUGUUUUAGGGGACUAACAAACUUCUACAUUACAAAUGCAUUUUUUCCUUGCAAAAUAUUUAGAUCCCCUGUCUCAUUAUUGGAAAUUGGAGGGAAAAUUGCAUGGUUUCCAAUUGGAUUAUUGCAGAAGAAAGUAUACUGACACAAGUUUAGCAAAACACAGGAAAAAAGAGAGAGACCAUUCAGAGGUAGAGCAAUGACAGUAAUAUAAACAGUGAAACGGUAAGAAAUAAAAGCAGGCAUCCAGCUGGGCCUCCAGAAAAAUUCUCAGAACUUUGCAGUGACUCAAUUUAGUGAGAGUAAUUAUUGAAUGUCCUCCUUCUCCGCAUGAUUAUAUUCUUGUUGGACAAACUAAUAAGUUUAGUACUACGUCCGUCUUCUCCUGCGU